AUGUCCAACCCCGCGGCUCAGCCGACGCCUGAUGCCGCCCCGGUGGCCUCCACGGAGCAAGGCCAGUCUCAGCCCGAGAACCAGACCCAGGAACAGCCCCAGGAUGGCGGCCGAACGAAUCCAAAUGAUCUCGUGCCCGAUCUAGAAGGAUUUGCCAUCUCCCGGCGUGAUCAGAUUGAUAGGUCGAUGCAGACAUCGGAGCUCACGCUCAAAGAUAAGGCGACGAGGGCAACGAGGCAGCAGGUGCUGGACGACCGAACGGAAGCCGUCUUACGAGACCUCGUUCGACUCGAGUACGUCACAGAGAUCCACGGCGUUGUGAGCACAGGCAAGGAGGCCAACGUAUACGGCGCCGUGCUCAUGGACCGGGACGGGGCCAGUCCUACAUACCGAGCGCUCAAGAUUUACAAGACGAGGAUUCUCGUUUUCAAGGACCGAGAGAGAUACAUCGAGGGCGAGUUUAGGUUCCAGAAGGGCGGUGCCACCAAGGGAUACGCAAUGGUGCAGCUCUGGGCGCAGAAGGAGUUCAGGAACCUGUCGCGGUUGCAUCAAGCCAGCAUACCUUGCCCGGAGCCCAUCGUGCUGCGGGGCCACACGAUUCUCAUGGAGUUUCUCGGCAAGAGGGGCAUUUCGUACCCGAAGCUCGUUGACGCGGUUCUGGAGGGAGACGAUGUGGACGAACAAUGGCACAGCCUCUACGUACAACUUCUCGGCUGCAUGAGGCGCAUGUACCACAUUUGCAGGCUCGUGCAUGCCGAUCUCAGCGAGUAUAACAUUCUUUACCACAACAAGCUGCUGUACAUCAUUGAUGUGUCGCAAAGCGUCGAGCACGAUCACCCCAAGGCCUUGGAGUUCCUCCGAAUGGAUAUCAAGAAUGUUGGAAGAUUCUUCCAGCGCCGCGGAGUAUCGAUCCUACGAGACCGCGCCGUGUUUGACUUCAUCUUCGCCAAGGAUGGUCCGCUGACCGAACCUGAAUUGACCGAAGAGGCGGAGCGGCUCUGCCGCGAGCAGCCUGCCUGGUCCAAGGAAGAUGGAGAUUUCGGAAAUGAGGACGUCGAUACCGAGGUUUUCAGGAACCAGUACAUUCCCAGAAACGUGCACGAAAUCUCCGACCUGGGUGAUACCAUCAACGCCGACGACCCGCUGAUUCAGCACCUUCUCAAAACCAAGGAAAAUGACGAAGAAGAUGGCAGCGACGAUAGCUCGGAUGAGGAUUCUGAAGGCGGCGCUUCCAUCGCCUCCGGAGAGGAGGGAGCCGAUGAUAGAGAUAAGGAAAAGACUCCCCGCGGUCACAAGUUUGAAGAUCGGGACGAGAAGAAGGCAAGGAAACAAGCCGUUAAGGAAGCUAACCGAGAAAAGCGGCAGAAGAAGAUGCCCAAGCAUGUCAAGAAGCAGUUGAUUGCCCGAUCAUCGAGGAAGUAG